AGUCAGAAUCUGUGGACCUACUUCCGGGUUCUUUCAGGAGAGAUUGAGCACCUGUUCCCUCAGUGGCUAUGACAUGCUCACUGAAGGCAAUCCAGUUUCGGGGUCUUGGUGACAAUCCAGUGAGAGAGCCGAGCCACUGAUAAUAUAGGCCAUGGCGCAGGCUGGUGGGCUGCCACAGGCCAGCACUACUUCUGGCCAGCGCUACGUGAGCAAACUGGUUCUUCUUGGAAGCAGUUCUGUGGGCAAGACCAGCCUGGUCCUUCGGUACAUGAAGCAGAACUUCAGCAGCGUCUUGCCGACUGUGGGGUGUGCGUUCUUCACGAAGGUGGUGGAUGUUGCCUCCUCAUCUCUGAAGCUUGAGAUCUGGGACACAGCUGGCCAGGAGAAGUACCACAGCGUCUGCCACCUCUACUUCAGGGGUGCCAAUGCUGCGCUCCUGGUGUAUGACAUCACUCGGAAGGAUUCCUUUCACAAGGCUCAACAGUGGCUGGAGGACCUGGAGAAGGAAUUCCAGCCAGGAGAGGUGGUGGUGAUGCUGGUUGGCAACAAAACGGAUCUCGAUGAGGAGCGAGAAGUGACCUUCCAGGAAGGGAAGGAAUUUGCAGAGAGCAGAAGCCUGCUAUUCAUGGAAACCUCAGCCAAGCUGAACUCCCAGGUGUCUGAGGUCUUCAGCACUGUGGCCCAGGAGCUACUGCAGAGAGCAGGAGACAGAGGGAACAGCGGCUCACAGGAAGCUGAGGCUGUGGUUCUGAACCAGGGACCUGCUGUCAGGCAGAGCCAGUGCUGUGCACGAUAG